GGGAAUCACAGAGCUGCUAGUUCUGUAAAUAUCUACCAGCGAUGAGCAGCAAGUAACAUUCAAGGUUUCAUGAUACAUAACCUACCUAGGUAACAUCAUAUCUCCAUCUUGACGAAUAGUUUGACCUCUAUCGGAUAGCUCAACAUGCGAUCAGGCUUGAUCUAUUUACUAGCAAGCAUCAAUCUUCUUAUACCGAGUGUCUCUGCGCUGCUACGUUUCUCAUGUUCGCAACUCGUCGUUGAGCGUCUUGACCCUUUAGUCAACCCAGGGGUCUUUGGAUCGCCACACCUUCACCAGGUCAUUGGCGGAAACUCCUUCAACGCGUCGAUGGAUCCCAAGACCCUAGACAUUCCUGGCUCAGCUACUUGCACCACUUGCACUUUCCCAGAGGAUUUUUCCAACUACUGGACCGCAGUAUUGUUCUUUCGUGCGCGCAAUGGGACGUAUAAGCGCGUUCCACAAAAAGGCAAUGUGUACUUUGAGGAGUCAAACGGUGGCAUGACAAUAUACUACAUCCCAAGUUAUAACCAUACCGCCGUCACCGCGUUCAAGCCAGGUUUCCGGAUGAUUACCGGUGACCCUACGAUACGUACUAGAGAGGAGGCAGAAAAGUACCGACAACUUACGUAUACUUGCCUACAAGACCCCUUAACGCGAACAAACGAGACUUUGGAUAUGCCGAAAGAACCCUGCCCAGCUGGCAUAAUGGCGAACCUCCGGUUUCCAACAUGUUGGGACGGUGUCAACCUAGAUUCUCCUGAUCACUCGAGCCAUGUCUCGUAUCCCGAGAGCGGUACGUUUGAGGAAGGCGGACCAUGUCCAGCAAGUCAUCCAGUGAAAAUCCCACAGCUUUUCUAUGAGAUAGUGUGGGAUACCACGCCUUUUAACGAUAUAUCAGAAUGGCCCGAGGACGGUUCGCAGCCUUUUGUCUGGAGCUACGGAGACGCCACAGGCUUCGGCAACCAUGGGGACUACAUGUUUGGUUGGAAGGGGGAUGCUUUGCAAAAAGUCAUGGACACUGACUGUAACGGUUUCAAAUGCCCCGAGCUAGGGUAUCAGGAAAUUAAAGAAGGCAACAAAUGCACAAAGAAGAGGGAUGUGGAUGAGGACAUUGAUGGCUGGCUCAAGGAGCUUCCUGGUGGAAUGCCAGUCACUGAUGCUAGAGGGAGGAAACAGUGAUAUGGGGUUACGAUAUUACCUAUUGAAUGAGACGAGGUCUUCGCUAUAUAUAGGUAGGCAUUUAUUGGUCGGAGAUUCUGCAAUUCUUUGAAAACAUAGGGAUAUGGCAAAGAAAUCUUAUAAUUAAAAACGCCAACUCCCCUUUAAUUGUUUACCUAGGAAACCAUCGACGGCUUGAAUCAUCUGUCACAGUGAUUACUGUAUGUUUGAAUACGAUCCAACAUUUGGGCUUCGGUUUGUAACAAACACCUGGCAAAACACCGCGUUGCUUCUCGAGCUGUGGAACUUGGAACGCACUAUGGCGCAUCGCUCUUUGUUGUGCAUUAGAGCUAGGGUUUUCUGGAUUGUUUCCGGGACCAUUGUUCAUUGUCACCCUUCAAUCGACUUGUAACAGUCCUGAUUGUCUCGCAAGCAAGAAGUC